UAAUCAUCCUAAAUUUGAAUAAUGGCCUUUGGGACUUUUUCUCAAUCUAACGUAACUGAAACGCUCAUUUCAGUGACAUCACAAUUACAAUUUCCCAGCCUCCGAGCGGCAGGUUGUGCGCGUCACUUGAAGGCAGCACCAAUGACUAUUAUUGCCUUUUCCUUCCAACAUCCCCACACGACACAGUACUCAAGGCGACGGUGUUAUUCUGUGUGUGUCUGAGAGGGACUCAUCAUUAGACAUGACCAUUAGAAACACUCUCCGCGAUCAUGGGCAGAGGUAUCGACCACGCAUGGCUUGUCUCAGGAAGGCGGAGAAGGUGCUGCUGGAGAUGCAGGACCCAAAAACCGGAGUCAGGUCGCAGCCUCAGAGGCUGGUUAUAACAACAAUACCACACGCUAUUACUGGCGAAGACAUUAUUGCGUGGUUGGAGGACAGAUUCCAACUGGACGCACAAGAGGCGAGGAGUUUGGGCUGUAUGCUGGUGGCGUUGGGAUACAUCUACCCGCUGCAAGACCACAAACGCCUGGUGAUCAAACCGGACGCUUCCCUCUACCGCUGCCAGACUCCGUACUUCUGGCCCACGCAGCAGUGGCCUGUUGAGGAUACUGAUUACGCAAUCUACCUGGCGAAGAGAAACAUACGCAAGAAAGGACUCCUUGAGCUGCACGAGCAGGAGCACUACAACCGUCUUCACAAGUGGAUGAACCACAAAUGGGAUUUCAUAGUGAUGCAAGCGAAAGAACAGUACAGGGCCGCGAAGGAGAGGAAGAAGCCGGACCGCGUGGUGUUUGACUGCCAGGAGAGAGCCUACUGGGUGGUUCACAGACCUCCGCCGGGGACAGUGAGCGCCAUGGACUAUGGACUGGAUCGGCUGGUAGAUCCAAACGCAGACGAGGGCAAAACACCCGACUUCUAUGAGAGAAUUAUGAUCUUUACCCAGCAGGCCAUCAUGAGGCCCAGAGUGAAGUCAUCGGUGUCCAUUAGCGCGUUGGUGAAGCACUGCUCCACCUAUAAAAGCCACGACCCUUUCCUCGCCAAGUGUCUCCCCAGCAACCCCUGGGUCACCGACGACGUCACGUACUGGACCUUGAACAUGCCCAAUGUUGAAAUACCGACUAAAAUGCGCGUGGAGAGGUGGACUUUCAGCUUCAAAGAGCUGCUCUCGGACCCUCGAGGACGAGAUGAUUUCAGACUCUUCCUGAAGAAAGAAUUCAGCGGUGAGAACUUGGCAUUCUGGGAGGGUUGUGAAGAUCUGAAGUGGGGCCAAGCUUCGACGAUGAGAGAGAAAGCAGAGCAUAUCUACAAGACAUUUCUGGCGCGCGGCGCACCGCGGUGGAUCAACAUCGACGGAAAGACGAUGGAAAUCACCGUGAAGGGCCUGAAACACCCACACAGAUACGUCCUGGACCCAGCCCAAACCCACAUCUACAUGCUCAUGAAGAAGGACUCGUACGGACGGUACCAGAAAUCUCCGGUGUUUAAGGAAACGGUGAAGAAGGCCAUCUGUCCUGAGGAGCACCAAUUCAGUGAGACCCAGUUGGGGCACAAUGCCAAGAAGCGACGGCCCAGUCUCAGCCCGAUCAUCCUCCGGCAGCUGGAGCAGGAGCAGAAGGCCAAGAUGGCCGCCAAUGUUGACAUCACGCAGCUGUGCCGCUUCACCACCCCCGUCUCCCACCUGGCCGUCUACUCUGGCCUCACCGACUUCCCCACCGCCGACGCCUCACCCCCUCUCCCCUUCCCGCCCCACACGCCUUCUUGUCCGUCCCCCAUCAGCGUGGCGUUGGAGAGCACCUCGGCCUCCGAGCGGCGGGCGGAGGCCGGUGAAGGGGAAGGCGAGGGGCCCCCCGGGGCCCAGGCGCCGGCCGCCGGAAACGCGACCACGUCUCGCGUGGCUCUGUCCCUUCGCCGCCUGCUGAAGCGCGGCUGCGCCUCGGCCUCCAUGUUCGCCAGCUGGUCGCCCAAAUGCCACUCAGCCACCGGGACGGGCGGCCGCAUUCAGCCGAUCGGCCCCGAUCGACCCGGUCAGGCUCCGCCCAGGCGGAUUGGCAAUUUUUUCCAGAUUAAAGUGGAUAUUCCCCCAGAGUGCCGAAUCUACCCCAUAGAGUCCGAGGACGAGGACGAGGACAGCAGGGCCGUCUCUCGUGGAGGGGAGGGCGCCAAAGAGAUCAUCUGUCCCUGGGAGAGUCUCACUCCACAGAACGGGGCGGGCUAAUCGGCCGCAUUGGCACAGGUAUUCAAAUAUAUAUAUAUAUAUAUUUGUAACGGAGCAAACGGUUCUCACACAGACAUAAAAGGGGUAAAAUCUCUGUGUAAAUAUGGCUCACAUUUUCACCACAACCGACGACACAAAUGGCACGAAACGCACACUCGGGGACACUGACUGUUUGGACUGAGCAUUGGCUUCCAGCGUCCAAGUUUUAACUCCUUAAAGGAAACCUAAAGUGUGUUUAGAGCAUCAAAAAUGUCGGCCUGAUCGUCCCCAACCACGUGUCCGUUGCAGCUCUAUUCCUUUCUACGUGGCGCGUGCUGGAAAAAUAAGAAUCCCCCCUGUGAGCGAUUAUGUAACGCGGACGACGCAACAUUUUGCAGCAGUGUUUGCUCACAACUUAACUGUAUAUUUUUGCACAUUUACACCAAACCUGCUCCGUGCCAGCCAUGUGAUUGCUAGUCGUAACACGUGUUUUUGAACCAAGCGCUCCUUCUCACUGCAGCCUUACCGACGUAAACCCUCGCUGAUGUGAGCGCCAGCUGAAACAGAUGUUUAGGUUGGAUGUUUACUUGUGCUAGGACAAGAGGAGUCUACAGACAUAAGAGAGAGCUUUUGAAACUUCCUCAUUCUGUAUCCCAGUAGCCCGAUAGCAGCCUUACCCACCUUAACACUACUAAAAUAUUUUUGUAAUUGCCAAAAAAGAAAAAAGUUAAUACACACGUUUACGUCCUAGAGUGAGUAAACAAAGCAGACACGCGUGUGUUUGUACUGUGCACAUACCUGCCAAAACUGUAAUGUGUUUGUAUGUAUUUAAUAAAGAGUUCUUGUGUUGCUAAAUAGACUUAGAGGCCUGAUUGGUAAUAUGUUUACCUCCUACAUCACGUGGAGAAAAUGACCGAAUAGAUGCAGUUCAGGUAAAGUGAGAGCACAUGAACAGCUUGUCUGCAUGUUACUUUUGUGCUGAUUUGCUCCCGACAGACUUGACAAAUUAAGAGUUAAGUUGUAGUAAGUGAUAAGUAAUUAAGUUGUUAGUAACGGAGAGUGGGGUGUUUUCUUUCUUGUUUACCUGCACUGCUGUUUUGUAGCUGUCUGUGCACGGUGUACUACUCUGAUCCAGGGGUUGAUAUUUACUUCUCACGGUACAAUGUGAAUUAACUGUCAGAAUGUAUUCUCUUUACCAUGUUUACAGAUGCAAGAAUGUGAAAAAUACUUUUAAAUCUGUUGUAAUUGAUUUGUAUAAUCCAUGGCUUUUGUCAAGUGACUAAAUAAAUGACUUAAGAACCCAA